AUGGACCAGCUGAACCUAACCUCUGCUAACCUCUCCAGCUCCUCGAGUGACAGAGCACAAGCUUCGAUCCCGUGGAGCUUUACAUCUCUGGUUUCAGCAGGACUCAUGUCACUGUGCUUCCUCGUGGGAUUCCCUGGAAAUAUAGCUGUUUUAAUCCUCAGACCAAACUGGCAGCAGCUGUCCAGACUGAGCCAGUGUCUGAUGAUGAACUUGGCCAUGUCUGACCUGCUGUGCUUGGUUACUCUGCCUCUUUGGAUCUACGCUGUAUUUUAUGGCUGGGCUCUGGGUGCUGUCGGAUGUAAGAUCGUGGCAUUUCUGGUAUAUUGCAGUCUCUACAGUAGUCUGCUAACCAUAACUGCUCUGAGUGUCCAGCGCUACAUGCAGAUUGUGCACCCACAUAGAUGUAUCCAAUUCAAGAAGAGACUUCUUGUCCUGAUGUGGCUCAUAUCAGUGGUUCCCUCCAUCCCUGUGUUAGUGGUUCGACAGAUCAUCGAAGUAAAUCAGCAAAAGAUUGACUGUUCUCCAAAAUACUCCUCACAUGCCCAACAUUUGGCUAUGUUGCUCACUGAAUGCUUUUUUGGACUAAGCUCAUUGAUCAUAACAGCGUGUGCUUAUAUUUUUCUGUACAGAAAGUUAAAACAGGCAGUAUUUUUCAAUAAUCCAUCCACUGUCAAGCUUGUUACCAUUAUCACAGUGACAUUUUUUGUACUAUGGAUGCCAUACUUGAUUUUUAAUCUUCUGAUGGUUGGUGGGAUUUUAAGUAACAACCUGAAGAUAGUUUGGUUUUAUUAUUCUGGCUUUAACAUUUUUACAAGUUUAACUUUUAUCAACAGUAGCAUAAAUCCACUUCUCUACGCGUUUGCAAAUGGACUAUAUCCCUCUGCCCUCAGGAUGGAGGUACAGGGCGAUCAGGUGCAGGAGGGCACAGUUCGGUAG